AUGACGCCGCUGCAGAAACACGCGGACUUCUUCGACCGGAACAAGGACGGCCUCAUCUACCCUUCGGAGACCUAUCAAGGUUCUCCCUCUUCAUCAUCAUUGUCGUCUUCUUCUUCGUGAGCGAACCCUUCGUGUCUGAUUUAGUCGGGGGCUUCCGCGGGUCUACCAUUUCCUGUUGGGCCAAGUACCCAUUCAUCAUCAUUCUGUUACUUAAACAAAAUGAUCGAAAUGAGAUUACGGUGGUGCAGGGCUCCGCGCAAUCGGGUGUGGAAUUGCCUUGUCUACUGCUGCCGCCGUAUUCAUCAAUGGCUUCCUCGGCCCGUUAACUCAACCAGUACAGCGUCCCCUUCCCCUCACUUCGAUGGUCUCCGUCUGUCUCUGUUUCUGAAAGUUGAAAAUCUGUACGUAGGGGAAGCUGGCAUCUCCUCUCGUUCCCAUCUACGUGAGCAACAUCCACAAAGGUAUACACGGGAGUGACACAGGUGCCUACGACGCGGAGGGAAGGUGUGGAUGACAGAAAUUUAUCUUAUCAAUAGUACGCGAAUUAAUUUAUCAUCUCUGAGAGCAUCUUUUCCCUUUGUUUCAACACUAUAUUAGCGUUGGUAUCGUUAUAUCUUUUAAAGGAAUGGGGGACCGACCAUUAGUUCAUGAAAAGAGGACUUGGUACAGGCAUUUGAAUUGAAGUGAUUCCUUUGUAGGGAACUAAAGAUAUGGUUUAACGUUAUACUCGAAGACACUAUUCAGAAACUCCCUCAGUUUAGUUUUAUUAGGCCCAGAACCUCCGGAUCAUGAUUUCUUUUCAUGCUUUCUUAUAUUUUAAGGGUUCAUUUAAUCGUGCUAAUAAUAUGAACAGCCAAUAACAUUCUUUAUGCAUACAAAUACUCAUACAUUUCUCUUUACAUUGAUCUACUUUUUUCAGAUUAACGUGUUUAUGGCGACAUCUAGCGUUAUUUAAAUGAAUAAUCCUCACUACUGAGACAACUUCGGUUUUUAGGUUUGUACCGGAAAAGUUUGAGGCCAUCUUUGAGAAGCAUGCAAGAACUAACCAAACCGUUCUCACUUCAGAAGAGUUGAUGGACAUGCUGGAGGCUAACAGAAUUCCAGAUGAUAAUGCUGGACGGUACAGUUGCCAUUUAUUUCUCAAUAAUGAAUUCACUGGGUGGAAUCUAAAAAGCUUCAGAUUAGAUGUGAUGUAUACAUAAUCUAGAUGUGUAGUAUAAGAACGCCACCUGUUGUCACUUGGUUUGGAAUUGAGUGGUAUGAUAAUUUUAUAAUUGUUUUUGAAGUACUUUUCAAAUCAUAUAACUUGAGAAGUUCUCUAAUUGUGUUGAAUUUGAAAUUUUUGUAGGAUUGCAUCUUCAGUGGAGUGGAGGAUGUUGUAUCAUGUUUGCAAGGACAAGGAUGGAUUAUUGUCCAAGGAGGAUGUGAGGGGGGUUUAUGAUGGAAGUCUAUUCUAUAGGUUGGAGAAUAAGAAGGCUUCUCAUUUGUGA